UCUAAUUCUCAUUUGUUUUUACCUUCCUCAUGAUGCAUUUUUUUGUUGUUGUGGAACACAGGUGACUGGACUACUACCUGAUGCAGUCGGUACUACUUGCAAUCAACAUCUUGAGAAAGUACUUGGAACAGAUCAUGCAAGCAUUCUGCGAGUUCCAUUUAGAAUGGAGAAGGGAAUUCUCCAGACUUAUAUGGAGGUAUCUUGUUCCUGCUGACUUAACUGUGGGGCAAUUUGUUUACGUGAUUCGAAAGAGUAUGAAUCUAACCCAUGAGAAGGCCAUUUUCUUCUUUGUGAAGAAUAUUUUGCCACCCACUGGUAAGGAAUUUGAGACAAAUUUCAUUACUUCCAUGAUGCUCCAUUUGGAUGCACCGAAUGUAUUGGAUUAGGAUCAGAUCAGGAAAUAGUCACAUAAUGUUUGAAUAUUGGAUAAACCGUAAAAUGAUCUGGAAAAAUGGAUGGACGGAGUG